UAACCAGGUUGUUUUGUCAUCUGUGUUGCUGCUCUUGGAUAAAGUAAAAGUGCACGAGGUGUUUCAGCGCGUGCUACAUAUUGCAGGUGCAGCUCGAGAAAGUACAAAGUUUCUUCGUGUGCAGGUAGAACGUGAAUCUCGGUCAUCAGCCAGGAUGGAAGACAAUUCCAGAGUCGUUAGCGGAGUUGAUCUAGAUUCGGUGGAUGACGAAACCUUCCUCUAUCAGCUGCUGGACAGUACAGAGGAUUUUGAUCAGAGAAAAAUCAUAAGAUUGAGACUUCGUGAGGUACAGGCUGCCUCUAGAGCAAAACGAGAUGAAAUGAUGAAAAAGCGAGAACAGGAACGUGAGGAUGCCAUUAAGCAACGCCAACGCGAAGCGGCAGAACAGAAACAGCGAACUUUAGCUAUGUUUGACAGCAUGGCCAAGUCAGCUCCGGCCGGAGGUCCUAAGCAAAUGGACAUCAACAUCUACAAAGAUGGCAAACCCGGUUUAAAUAAUGACAACCGUCCUAUUGGAGGGGGACUGCAGCGCGAUCUGGUGGAAGAGUCGAUUCGUGAGCGUCAGAAAGAAGCAGAAGAGAGAAAGAGAAGAAUUUUAUCGUCUUACGACGUAGCAGCGAAAUCGGGGCCAGCAGGAACAAUUCGGGACGUAAAUUUUGAAGCCUCUAAAAAAAAUGGAGCCAAUCAGAAUAAAGUCUCGGCACGAGCAAAGUUUCAGCAAAUGGAUGCAGCUGUCACGAAGCAGCAAGGGAACAAAACUCCCAACCCCUUUGUCUUGCCACUUCCGGUGAUCCGCCAGAACGCCAGCCAGAUCAAGCAGACCAUCUUGGAGUUUUGUCAACGAUGCACACGGGAGUACAAGAACAUUGACAUCCAAAACUUCUCCACCAGCUGGAGCGACGGAUUAGCGUUCUGUGCCCUUAUCCACCAUUUUUACCCGGAAGCAUUUGACUUUGACUCUCUCAGUCCAAAAAAUCGACGUUAUAAUUUUGAUUUGGGGUUCAGAAUGGCAGAAGAAAAAGCCGACAUCGCGCCGCUGCUGGAUGUGGACGACAUGGUCCUGAUGAAGAAACCGGACUGGAAAUGUGUAUUCACGUACGUCCAGAGUUUCUACCGACGAUUUCGAGACCAGGUCUAAAGUUCAACAACUAUGGUUUUAUGUUCUAGUUAUUCAUACGUGUGUUUAAAACAACAACAGUUAAAAAUAACUGUACAGCUCGUCGUUCGAAAUAACUACUUCAAUCGCAAGUGUUAUACUCAACUUUUGGAGUUGCACGCUUACACGCUACGGCUUUAAGUUUUAUAAGUUGUUGUUUUUCCCCUAGAUUUAAACAACUUUUAUUUAGUUUUUACUAGAGAUAGAUUGGAGAAGAACGUAGCCACGAUGAACAUAUAUAUAUACUGGUUAUUUAAUUGUUUGUGGUGUUGACCCCGAUGGUGUUACAGAUCUAUUGUGUACCAAGAAAAAUUGACGAUAUUUCAUGUUUAUUAUUUGAAGUGCGUGUUGUUAAACUGUGCCAGCAUUUUAUACUUGUUGUUUCACGUGGAAAAUCCAGUAUUAUGGACAGAUCUCUAAAUAUAUUUUGACAUUUUUAAAACUCCCAAAUCACAUUUUACAGUUUUUUUUUUAUUAUUCUUUACGUAAAAUUGUCCCGCUCUACGUUAGCGCCAUCUGUUGUUUUUUUCGUUUACAAGACUACGUAGUUUACUAUACGAGGUUUAUUGAAAAGUAUUAUUUAAAAUUGGCUAAAGAAAUAUACAUAUGUAUUUUCUAUUUACGUGUCAAUUUGAGAGACUGUUUCUCCGAAUAUAUGAAACUUCGAAUAGACAAAAGAACUUGACGGAUUUUUGUCACAAAUUACAAAAGGCACUUUUACGUGCGUUUGAUUUUAACAUUUGAUCUGAUAUAUAUGUCUUAUAUAUACAUGUAAAGUAUGUUAUUUCUUAACGUGCUUACCUUAACACUUUAUAUGAAAAUAUAUAUAUAUAUAUAUAUAUAUCCUUUUUCCUAUUAUUUGUAGAGAUUUGGAAUGUUAUACUGUACCUUUAAGAGAUUUUUUUUUAUGUUUGGGAGGCAGUACUUUGGACGGUAGGGGUGAUGAGUAGACGAGUAAAUGGACAAAAAAAAUUAAUUAGGAGAUAUUACUUUUGAAUUAAUUGUUCGCCUUAAAUGGAGACCAAAAAAUAAAUAAAAUAUAAAAGCUUUUAAUUAGUCAGAGGUCCAUACCACAACAAGAGAAAGAAAAUUUUCAAUAUAUUAAUUUUUUUUUAUGUUGGACGAAACAAAACUUUUAAUUUUUAGAUACUCUUGUAGGCCAGUAAAAACCUUGUUUGUUUUUUUUACCACCUUUAAUCUACCUUCCAAUUUUGUAUAAUAGUUACAACUUUUAAUGCCCAAAUUAAUUUUGAAAGUUUGGUCUUUGAAUAUAUUUCUUCCUUGUUUCUACAAAACAUUAUUUCAGACUUGUGUAUAUAAUCUGCCGAACAGUUCUAACAGAGGACUUAAAUUCAUUAUUAAAUUGCAGCUUUAAAUCACAUCAGUCCCAUUAGUUGUAGGGUUAGGCUUGAUGCGACUUAUAUUACGGGGCCUCCCAGUGGCACAGCGGUAUGUCUGCGGACUUACAACGCUAGAAACCGGGUUUCGAUACCCGUGAUGGACAGAUGUGUAGCUUUGUGCUUAACUUCAAAACAAACCGUACAAAAAUCGUGAUGAAAUAUAGUUUAUUUCCGUAUUAUAACGAAGUAAUAAUUGAGAAAGUGUGUUUCAGUUAUUACCACACACCUGAUCAAUAAUGUGCCUUAGUUAAAACGUAUUGUUAGAUCCCACGUGACGGUCAGUCUCGGCAUUAUUAUCAUAACUGAAGUUACUCUACAAUUCAGCGUUUUCCCAAAGUAUGGGGGGGGGGGUAUAUUUCUUGGGUCCCCGCGAGCAAUUAGGGAAGUAAAUAAUACAAAAUUAAGCGUUUUAAUAUAUGUGUUAUUAAUGAAAAAUAAGUAAUUACUAUAACACAUUUAAAUGUGUAUCUAUGUAUUAUAUCUCGUCAUUUAAGAAAGAAAAAAAA